CGUACACGAAGAGUUUUUCACUUCUUGUCCACUUGUCAUUGGCAAUAAGCUGUUACAUACUUGAAUUCGUAUGAUGAACGAGGAAUUCGAGAAGUUUUUAAAGUUGGUGCUGGAUCAAAACAGCAGUGAUAACAACGUUAGAACUCAAGCUGAGCUUGAUUUCACCCAAGUUAGUCGUCAAGAUCCAACCCAGUCUUCUUAUAUUUUAAUUGAGCUGGCAUGCAAUGACCAAUUGCCUACUGAUAUCAAACAAUCGUGUCUUUUGCAUUUGAAAAGAUUUGUCCCAAAGUUCUGGAGCCUUGGAUUUGAAUCGUUUGUUGGUCCUCCUAUAAGCCAAGAGUUGAAACAAGUCAUUAGAGAUAAAUUGAUUCAAUUAGCUACCUCUUCACCAGAAUCAAAGAUCAGGGCUGGAAGUGCUUACGUGAUCACCCAGAUUGCAGCUGCAGACUACCCAGAUGAAUGGCCUAAUUUGUUGAAAGACUUGUAUGAGCUGACGACUAGAUAUAAUGAUGAAUGGUCUAUGAUUGGGGGGUUAUCGGUAUUAAACGAACUUUUCGAUGAUCUUAUCACUGAAGAGCAAUUUUGGGACGGUGGUGUUGGAACCCAAUUGAUCAAUCAUAUAAUUCAAAUUUUGAGCCAGGAAUCAUUGAACUCCGAUAUCAAAUCAAGUACUCUUAAAUUUUAUAAAAGUGUUUUCAAUACUUUACAAAGCCCCGAAGCUUUCAAUGUGCCAGAAAGACUCAGAAAUGUUCAUGACCAUAUCACAACCAGUAUCCCGUUAUUUCUUCAUCUUUUAGAGAAUUCAAUGUCUAUUACCCAAACUCCAAUACCUACAAAAGUUUUAGAACAAGAAAUCAAUUUACGUACCUAUAUCUAUGAUGUAUUUGGAAUUUAUUUCAAUAACUUUAAUAAGAAGAUAAGUGGUGCUAAUAAAGAGUCUAUUCUUUAUUUAUUAUUAAAAGACUUUGAAUUUUUGUCUAAUACUUACUAUGAAAUUUAUUAUAAUGAUAAUUCUAAUUCUACAUUAUCCAAUGAUACCAUUUUAUCCAGGGUUCUUGAAUCAUUAUUCCCAACAUUGAGUGCACUCUUACAUACCAUCAAGUUGACUACUAUUUUACCGGAAGAUUCAUUGAAUCAAUACAUCAAUAACUUAGCCAAGGUUUCUGUAUUGCCAGUGUCAGUAAUUGAUGAAUACGAAGCCGACUUCAAUUCAUAUGUUACCGACGUCAGCGGAAUUUCAAUUGGUAGCAUCAGUGUUCGUGAAUGUGUUAGUGAAUUCUUAACUGAGUUAAAUAAUGACGACUCAAGUUAUAUUUUCAAAGUUGUUUUAAAGCAAUAUUAUGAUAUGAAUAAUAAUGCUACUGCGUGGCAAUUGAAAGAAACAAACUUAUUUUUAUUAGAAUCUUUAUUCAUGAAUGAAGAGAGCGAAAGUAUUGGACAAGAUAUUCCAUUAGUAGAGUUGUUCAAAAACUUAACCACAAUUGCUUUAAAUAAUAAUCAUCCAUUAACCAUUGGUAGAGCAUUUUUAGUUUUACCUAGAUUUUUAGAAAAAUUUGAAUCUAAACUUUCAUUUUCUGAUUUUGGAAUCAAAGCACUUGGUGAAAUGAUUCAAAUUGCCUCAUCUUUAAUCGGCAACACUAAUGAAUUAUAUAAUUUAGCAAAAGUAAGUGCCCUUAUCAGUAUUACCUACUAUAAUAAUAUAGGUGAUUUGAAACAAUUAAUUUCCAAUAAUGAUAAGAAUUCCAUUCAAAUAUCAAUUUUUAAUAUUAUUUUAUCAUUAAUAGAGGAUGGUGAAGACGAUAGUUUACCAAUCUUAUUAGAAGCAAUCAUUGUUGCUAUUAAACUAGAUGAAAAAUUUGCAUCUCAAUUAACUUUAAAUGAUAACGUUGAUGUAAUUGAUAUUAUAUUUAAAGUUUCGUUUAAAGAUCCAUCUAACGUUCAAUUAUCGAUUGAUUCAAAUGAAUGUUUGACUGCAUUACUCCAAGGCAUUGAAUCAUCAUAUUAUGUUCGAGUUUGUGAAAAAUCCUUACCAUUUAUUUUCAAUGUUAUUAAUAAUUCUCUUCAAAAAACAUCUUUAGAUUAUGUCCCAGAAUUAGAUUUGUCAUUGGACUUACUCAGCGUAAUAAUUGGAUCAGCACCAGGUGAAGAGUUUCCAAGUGAAGUCUUUUUAUAUACAUUCCCUAUUUUGAAGAAUUUGAUUUUAUCAACUACUGAUGAUCAAAUCUUACAAAAUAGUGGGGAGGUUUUUAAUAAUCUAUUACAAAAAGCCCUGAGACAUUUUAUUGAUUACAAUGAUUCAGAAACUGGGAAACUGGGAAUUGAUUUAUUAUUAAUGAUUACUUCUAAAUUUUUAUCACCAGAGUUAAGUGACAGUGCCGCUUUAAAUAGUGGAUCGAUUGUUUUAUCAAUUCUUGAAAAAUUUCAAUCAUAUUUGAGUGAAAAUUUCCAGUCUCAAUUAUUAGAAGCUACUGUGAAAAGAUUGAUCAUAGCCAAAGAAGUGAUAACUAUUGAAAAUCUUAUUUUGGUAUUUUGUAAAAUUGUCUUAAACAGUUCAUCACCACAAGAUUUAGUUAAUUUCUUAUUCAAUAAUGUUGUUUUAACUAAAGAUCAUAUCACUCAAAACGGAUUGGAAUUAAUUUUACCAAUCUGGUUCAAUUCAUUUGAAAUUACCAGAGGUUAUGAAUUAAUUAAAGCCAAUACUUUGGCUCUCGGUAAGCUAUUUAGCUUAGGUGAUGAACGGAUAGAGUCGAUGAUUGUUAAUGGUGAUAUAAUUCCAUACCAAGGAGACGUGAUCAGAACCAGGUCAAUGGCUCGUUCGAUGCCAGAUGAAUAUACCAAGAUUCCUGCUGCAUUGAAAAUAUUAAAAUUAUUUGUUAGCGAAUUAAAUUUCCAAUGUCAGCAACCAGAUGCUGAUGACUACUUACCAUUGGAUGGUAAUGAAGGAGACGACGACGAAGGCUGGGAAGAUAUGGACGACAUCGGGGUUCCAAACUACGAAAAAUUGAAGUCAUACGUUGACGAAGAAGAAGAAGAAGGAUUAAAUGCCGAUGAGGAUUUAAAGAAUAUUUUAAUUCUGUUUUUCAAAGAAUGUUUAUCGAAGAACUUGGGUCAUUUCCAAACAUUUUACGAGAUGUUGGACGAUGACGAAAAGAAAAUUGUCACUGAAAAUGUUGUUUUUUAAUAGAUAGUAAUAAAAUAC